GUGAGGGAUUCUCUGUUUAAAUCCCAAACUAGUUUAGUACUAUCGUUAUGGAAAGUCUAGUUUCGAAACAUGAUCCGUCUCUGUGAAUCGAGUCUGUUUGAGAGUCUUGCUUGUUCACUGUUGUUAUUAAUUGUUAAACCGGAAAUAGGAUAAUAAAGGAUUCAACGGUUGAUUGAAAUGAUUGAUGUUAAGAACUGUUAAUUAUAUAUAUGUAUAUAUGUUAGUCCGUCUGUUGAGAUUGCGCGGUGCAGAGGUGAUUGCACUAGACCGCGGGAUUUACGGGGUAUAGAGACGUUUGUACUAGGCCGCCUGUUUGAGAGAUCACGGGGUACAAAGAUAUAUGUACUAGGCCGUGUGUUUAGCGGGGUACAUAGACGUUUGUACUAGGCCGCUUGUUUGUGGAUAUUGCGGGGGUUACAUAGUGGACUACUGUACUAGCUACGCCUGUAGAGUUAUAUAUAUAUAUAUAUCCUUAUGAGGAAAUGCUGUUAUCGCAUUGAUUGUAGCAUGUCUAGUCCACUAGAAAUAUGUGAUUGUUCUGUGUGGUGUGAUAGACACCGUGUUUGCUUCAUGCUAAAGCUAGGCCUACAUAGUUGUUGUUUUAUGAACUGAAUCAGUGGUUUGCGGUUUAGCAUCCCAUACCUCACUGGGGGACCCGGUCGCUCAUCCCUCCUUUUUUUCCCCUUUCAGGUGAGACCGACGAGCAAGAGUGAUUAUACUGGACCGGUGCUUUUAGGCUUUUACUACUAUCGAGCUUUGGACUUCUAUCACUCUUAUCAUUUUAUCGCUUUUGGGCCUUUGGGCUUCUAUCUAUCGUUUAUGUUAUUUCGUAUUUCGGACUUUCGGUUUAUGUCGUACUGUAUAUUUCAGAUGUUAUCGUUGUUGGGCCUUUAGGCCUUAUGGUAUCGUAUUGACUUUUAUAUUAUGAUAUGGAGAUUAUUAUUAUUAUUUCCGCUUGUAUUUAUUUAUUACUAGGAGGGUGUCCGCGCUUCGCACGAAAUAUUGUUUUAUUGUUCUUAAAUAUGUUUUUUAGGAUGAUGUGAUUAUGUGGUCAAUAUUUAUUUGUGAAUAGCAUUAUUUAGUGUGUUAUUGUGUUAUGUAGUAGUAGAUAAUAAGUUAAUAUAUUAUGUGUUUGUCUUUUUAAUAAUGUUUGUUGUGUGUAUAAUACUACUUGUUAGUGGUAAAGUGAGCUUCUGAUGUAAAACAUAUUGAAUUUCAAUAAUUUUGCAUUUAUGCAUUUGUUGAUUUUAAGAUUAACGGCUUCAAAAUUGUAUUUUAAUUUUUCACAUUUUUGAACAUUACUUUUUUAGAUGUCUUUUUUGCACUAUCUCCAUAUUUUGACUUUGAACCAUCACCAUCUAUGUAUUUCGUUUACAUUUCCGGUGUGCAGGGCUUCUCACCAUCACUGAGAAAAGACUCACCUCCGUGCUCUUGUUUUUUCUCACCUUCUUCUUCUGUGAGAUUAUCUGGUAUUUGUUAUAGAUCACGCAUAUUAGUUUCAUGUUGUGCGGCUGUUUCUUACGGUGUUGUAGGUUAUUACAGUCAAUAUUGGUCUUUUUUUCCUUAGAUUUUGGCUAAUGUUAGAAACUACAUCUCGUUGGGUUGAGUUAGAGUUUAUUUGUCUUCCUCGUUGUUGGUUUGCCGUCGAUAGUCUCUGCUGUUUUGGUUUUCAAGAUCUGGCUUUGGUGAUCUGGCUUUUGGUGGUUUGUUUUAUAGUUCGAGGAUGGCUCCACAGUUUGUUGAAUUAAUUUUGUCUCAUUUUAUCUCUUUGUUCUCUCAUCUCGUUGUUCCUUCAUCGCUGAUCACGUCUCUGGUGGCUCUCCCUUUCGCCAUAUUUGCUACUCCAGGGUUGGAUAGUGUUUUUCUCUAUAUAUGCUUUGUGCGCUUGGAAGGUUGUUUAUGGUCUCAAGCUUGAGCUCUUGUUUCUUGGUGGUUGGCUUCCGUUUUCCCUCACUCAUGUUGUUUAUUUUCUUCUCAUGCUUCCUUUGGUGUAGGUGUGCGGAGUUAGUCUUUUGGAUCUUUGGUUCCUUCUAUUCAGAGCUUUGUGGUUUUUUGCUGGCAUGAGUGUCUUGUAUGUGUUUGUUUAGUUUGUGAUGUGCUUCUUACCUCUUAGCUGGUGGUUGUGCUUCCGGUGCUUUAGGCAUGCGUCUUCUUGUUUCGUGGUAACUUUGUUCUUCCGAUGAUUAUUCUUUCUCUGACCCGUGUUUUUGGCUUUUUGCACUGGUGCUUGAUCGCGAUCCUUUAUAUUCUGGAGAUUGUUUUGUCUCAUAUUUUAUAUUUUUACUUUUUUCUGAGAUUUGCUUGUUCUAGUCAAGACAUUCUAUGGUAAGAUGAGAUAAGUUAGUCUUCUUUGUUGAUAUCUUUUCAGCUCCAAACCUUUAUUAAGUUAGUGUUACUAUGGUAUUUUUCUUUUCCUCUAUGAUUGUGGAAGUUUUAAGUUUAGAUUGUGUAUUGCACUCUAGUUUCUUCUUAUUAAUUUAGUCAUUUUAUAUUUUAAUAGUUAAAUAAAUAUAUGAUUUGUAAAUAAAAUAAUAAAAAUGGUAAAAAAUAAUAAAAUAACAAAAAUUUAUGUUAUUUUUAGUUGUGAAUAAUUUAAAUAUUUAAAAUAAAUUUUUAUUAUUUUAUUUAUUUAUUUAUUCAUCUUGAAUUUUAGUGAAAAAUAAAAUAGAUUAUCAAACUUCUUACAAUAAUAGAGUGCGAAAAACAUUAGAUAGUGCACAAUUAAAACGUAUUUGACCAAAUUGCAAUAAUCUAAAAGAAAAAGAAUUUAAAAUGUAAAAAAAAUACAUGGAUGACACGUGUCGCAAAACUCUUCUGCCACUUGUCAGAAGAAGGGAAAAAACAACUUUAUCUCGGAAGUGACGGGUGGCACAGAAUCACUGUAAAAAUUGAUUAGGACAAAAGAGUAACAUGACACAAAAGUAGAAAUAAUACGUUGAAAGCACAUACGCCAAGCCAAACAGUGUAGCGAGCGAUCAAACUUUAGAUCUUUCAUAAUCAAUAUUUCAUAAAAUAUUUUUUUUUGGGUUGAAACAUACCGUGAUUAUAAUUAGUGUUGCCUUUAGGAAUCAAGAUGUUAACAAAAAGAUUGAUCCGCGCACCCGUAUGAAUACUGAUUCUUACAUUUUUAUACAUUUGUAUUUGUUUUUUAUAAUUAGUCUUUCAUAUUUUUGAUGUGUAGUAGUAUAAUUAAUUGUAUUCAAAAGACAUUGAUCGAAUCGGUUAAUAUGAUUAUUUUUGGUACAAAUAUAUAAAUCCGUUUCAUAUAUAUUUGUUAUUUAGAUAUUUUUAGGUUCAUAUAAAUCAGAACCGAACUCAUUCAGACCGAGAAUGACUCAACUCAAAACUCACACAUAAAAAUUUAUAAUAUUCAAGCAUACCUAAUUUCAAAACUCACAUAAUAUAGAUCAUUUCUAAUAUAUUUUGUUAUAUACUAUCUUUGUUUUCUAUUAGUUGGCAAGGACUUUCACAAUUAUUGAAAAAUUAUUGAUUUUUACUUAUUUUGCAUUAAUUAAUCUUAGUUUAACCAAUAAAAAUCAUUCCAUAAAAUGCAGUUGGUUUAAAAACACUAAACAACAUUGAAGAUUUAUACAAAAGUAAAAUCUUAAAACACCAAUUAAAAUUAAACAUAAGGAGUAAUAAUUUAGGAUAGAUCUGACAGCUUAUAAAAUAUCAUUUUUUAAUUUUCUCUAUUUAAAUAUAUAAACAUAGAGAUUUGUAUAUUUUAAAAUAGAAAUGAAUCGGAAUAAAUCUAUUUUAAAUAUAACUAUAGAAAUAAAUAUAGUCAAUAGUCAUAAAUUGAAAAUGCUCUUACCGUCUAUAUCUUGACAUUUUUAUCCUCUCUUACCGUCUAUAUCUUGACAUUUUUAUCCUCUCUUACCGUAUUAAUUUGGUGAUAAUCUUGAGAAUGUAGAGAGACCAACAAAUAAUUUUUGACUAUUUCAAAAGUUGCACACUAAUCCUUACUCAAGCAUAUAUAUGUUUCAUUUUCUAUCCUAUCUACAUCUCAUGGUCCGAAAAUGAAGAACACUAAAAUGGCUGCAAACUGCAAAAUCGCAUAUGCUUUUGUUAUAGGUUUAUCGCUUCUAAUUGCCACAGCGGCCGAAGAUCCAUACAUAUUCUAUGAGUGGCACGUAACCUAUGGUACUAUCUCUCCUAUGGGGGUUCAACAACAGGGUAUAUUGAUUAACAAGAUGUUUCCGGGACCUGAAAUACGCUCUGUCACCAAUGAUAAUCUCAUCAUCAACGUAUUCAACGAACUCGAUGAGCCUUUUCUUAUUUCAUGGGCCGGGAUACAAAACAGAAAGAACUCGUUCCAAGACGGAGUGUAUGGAACGACGUGCCCAAUCCCGCCGGGGAAGAACUACACUUACGUUCUUCAGGUUAAGGAUCAGAUCGGAAGCUUCUAUUACUUCCCAUCGCUUGGCAUUCACAAAGCUGCAGGUGGUUUCGGAGGUAUUCGUAUCUCUAGCCGUCCAAUGAUCCCCGUUCCUUUCCCUCCUCCCGCUGAUGACUACACUGUUCUUAUCGGUGACUGGUACAAGACCGAUCAUAAGGCCUUGAGAGCGCAGCUCGAUAAUGGCGGAAAGCUUCCUUUACCAGAUGGAAUUCUCAUUAAUGGUCUUAAUAGUGGUGCUACACUCAACAUUCAACCAGGUAAUACAUAUAGGCUGAGAAUAUCAAAUGUAGGAUUGCAAAACUCUCUCAACUUCCGCAUUCAGAACCAUGAGAUGAAGUUGGUUGAAGUCGAAGGGACACACACUCUUCAGAACGUGUACUCAUCGCUUGAUGUUCACGUUGGUCAGUCUUACUCGGUCCUUAUAACGGCUAACCAGCCUGCAAAAGAUUACUACAUUGUGGUCUCUAGUAGGUUUACCCCAAAAGUCCUCACCACCACCGGUGUUCUCCACUAUAGUAAUUCUGCUGGACCUGUUUCUGGACCUAUCCCUGCUGCACCAAUUCCAUUGAGCUGGUCUUUUAGCCAAGCUCGAACCAUCAGGACCAACCUAACAGCGAGUGGACCAAGACCAAACCCACAAGGUACAUACCACUAUGGUAUGGUAAACGUCACUAGAACCAUCAAACUUGUUAGCUCUGCUGGACAGAUCGAAGGCAAACAACGAUACGCCGUGAACAGUGCAUCAUUUACCCCAUCAGACACCCCUUUGAAACUCGCGGAUUACUUCAAGAUAGAUGGCGUGUAUAAUCCUGGAAGCAUGUCUGACCAGCCCACAGAUGCACCAAUAUUCCCUGUCACAUCUGUCUUGCAAGCUGAUUACAAAGCCUUUGUGGAGAUUGUCUUUGAGAACUGGGAAGAUAUUGUCCAAAGCUGGCACUUCAACGGUCACUCUUUCUUUGUUGUUGGAAUGGAGUUGGGAAAGUGGAGGCCUGACAGGAGAAAAAUAUACAAUCUAAACGAUGCAGUCUCACGCUGCACUAUUCAGGUGUAUCCAAGAUCAUGGACUGCAAUAUACGUAGGACUAGACAACGUAGGAAUGUGGAACCUGAGAUCGGAGUUCUGGGAAAGACAAUACUUGGGACAACAGUUAUACGUGCGUGUGUACACAAACUCGACUUCUCUCAGAGAUGAAUAUCAGAUCCCGACGAACGCUCUUCUAUGUGGUAGGGCUAGUGGAGCCCACAAAGGACUGCUUUUGAGUGGCUUUGAAAACUGAGAGCGAUAGAGAAUCGGUUAAACUUUUUUUUUAAUGAAUUUUGGGUAUGCCUUGUUCUAUUAUUUCUUCUUUGUUGUUGUUUGUCCGUUGUUUCAUUUGCUUCCCAAAUACGGGUGCUGAUUCUUUUUUUUUAAUAAUUUUAAGUUGUAAAAGUGAUUUAAGAUGCAACACUAAGCACCCCGAACAUUUUCGUGCUCCAAUGGAAAGUUCUUAUUUUGGGGUUUUAGAAAAAAAAAAUUAAAAUAUUAUUUUUUGAAAGAUGCAUUUUAUUUAUUAAAUAAAACAUAAAAAAUAAACAUUCAAACAUAAAUUCUAAAAUAAAAACAGAUUAUUUCUUUUUCAUCUUUGGGUGUCAUUUUGGUCAUUUUUUUAAAAAUAAAUGGUGUUAGUUAGGUCAUUUUCAUAUUUGGGUGUCGCUGUCAAAAAAAAAAAAACAUAUUUGAGUGUUAUUUUGGUCAUAAAAACAGUGUUUGGAUGUCAUUUUGAUCAUUUUCAAAAAAAAAAAGUUGGUGCUAAUUAGAUCAUUUUCAUAUUUGGGUGUUAUUUUGGUCAUAAAAACAGUAUUUGAGAAAAAAAAAAUCUGUUCAAUGGCAGCGCGCCACGUGCCUCUAAGAUACGGCGCUUAUUGUGCUUAUUUAAGCGCCGAUCCUUCCCCUUUUUCAUAUAUAUUUUCUUUUUUAAAAGUUGUUAAGCACCCGCGGUAAGUACCUCCGUUAAUGGUGCUCUAAGAGCAUCAUUAACCCAAAAACACACUUUGGGUAUCUUAAUAAUUUUUAAUUAUUAAAUGUUAUUUAAAAGACAUAGUUAAAAGACACCAACAUUUUUGUGCUACAACGGGAGUCUCUUAUUUAGAGGUUUUAAAAAAAAAAAAUUAAACAUUGUUUGAUUAAAAAUUAAACAGAGAAGAUGAGUAAAGAAUGAAACUUUGGUGUUGUGAAUAUGAGUGAAUGUUGAUUUAAGAGAGAAAGCAAGAGUGUUGUGAUUAAAGAGAGAAGA